AUGCACAUGGAAUGGAGGACAUUUUACCUAGAUGUGACUCUUAUACCCUUAGGGUUACUCAUAAACCUUACUUACCAUGUUUGGUUAUGGCAUAAGGUCAGGACACAGGCUCCCUUAACCAUCUUCGGAGUAGAUGCCGAUGGCCGGCGUUUGUGGAUUCCUGCAAUUAUCAAGGAUAUUGAAAAGAAGAGCAUUGUAGCAGUCCAAAGUGUUCGGAACUUGAUGAUGGGAUCAAUCUUUAUGGCCAACACAAGCAUCCUUCUCUGCUGUGGCCUUGGAGCAGUGAUAAGCAGCACUUGCAGAGUGAGGAAGCCUUUCAUUGACUCGGUUUAUGAAGCACAUGGGGAAUUUGUAGUGGCACUAAAAUAUGCAACCAUCUUUACAAUAUUCUUAUUCUCAUUUCUCUUUCACUCUCUCUCAGUUAGGUUUCUAAGCCAGUUGAGCAUCCUCAUUUGCUCACCCCAACAUGUCAUAACCUUGGUUACCCCAGAGUACUUGACUGAUCUACUGAGAAAAGCCACUAUUUUGAAUUUUCUGGGAAACAGACUUUCACACACAGGACUUUUCCUUCUGCUAUGGAUCUUUGGACCUGUCAUGGCAUUCUCCUGUUCGGUUGCCAUGUUGUUGGUGCUUCAUAAGAUGGACUUUGUGGCUGGGAAACAAAACAUGAACGUAGGAAUUCACCAGGGAAGUGAUAUACAUCUUCAGAUUUGA